UUUAGGUGGUAGAGAAACUUUCUUUUUUGUAUUAUUGUUACAAACAAAGGAAAGUAUGUUUUAGAUUUUAUAGGUUUUUAAUUUAUAAUCAUAAAUUGUCUGUGAUACGAACAUAAACAAAAAUAUUAAAAUCAUUAUAAACACGAGUAUUAAUUACGUAAAAAUACUUUGCGUCCAGCCUAAUAUAAAAUUAAAAAAAACUUAAAAUAAUAGUUGUGUGUUACUUGGCAUAAAUGGUGCUCUAUAAGCAACUGGUUUCGUUUGAACAGGUUUUGUGCAACCUACGGAUGGAACUUCUGGUGCGGUACAAAUAUGUCCUUACAUCGAAUAAAAUAAACUUGAAAUUUCUUCUCAGUCGUUCACUCUUGGCAGAGUGGUUGUGGUUGCUGCGAUGAGCGACGCUUUCUGUGCAAUGCUCCUCCACUUUUACCGGCUGCAUUAUGGUAACACUCCACCAUGGAUGAUUGUGUUGCAGCUUUGACUAAAUCCAUCCAGCGGUUUGGAGAUCUGCCUCUGGAUCUUUUGUCUUGCCCUCCACUACCAACCGCUCAAUUGAAUCCUAAUUUCUGGAGAUGUGGCCAAAGAACUUUAAAAUCCGUAAAAGCUCAGUCGACGAAAGUCUUUCUUUUAUCUUUAGUGCAUUUAAUUAGUUUAGUUCGUAAAACAUCAACAUUUAAACACUAAACUAAGUUCCACUAUUUAUUUGCUUGUAAGUUGGAAAUGUAACUUAAGAUAGCAAAAAUUUUCCAUCACCUGAUAAUCAUGGUGAAAGUUAAUUUAUGGAACAUUGAUAUUUUAAUUUAAUUGAUUAUACUUAAUAGUUAUUGAAUUGAUGAAAGUCGAUUUCGUAAAUACCUGAUACCGGAACUCUGACUAGGUUAUUUUCUUGGUUUUAGGUUACCUAUACCUAAUAUAAAGUGUGUACAUGUCUAGAGGUUAAUAAUAAUAUAAUAGUAGCAGAUGCUCCGCGGUUUCCCGCGUAGUUCGCGUUCCUGUGGGGAAAAAUAAAGCCUAUGAAAAUCACAAAAUAAGGCAAAAGAAUUUUCAAAAUCUGUUUGCAAGAUCCAGAGACUUCCCCCACUUAAGCACAACAAUCUUUACCUUUUUAAAAAAAAAAAAUAUUGCAUAGGUACACUUCGGUAAGAUGAACCUUGAGUGUGGUUUUACCUGACAGGUAUGGCGAAUACCUAGGUACUUGGGUAUGUAAUAAAUGGAAAAUAAUAUCCAACAAAACAAAGUCCUCCGUCUGUGUUACUGUUUACCUAUACUUCUAUACUUAUUAAUACGCGGGUAAACUCGGGGCGUCGGCCAGUCUGUGAUAAACUCGGAAACUAGCGAAAGGAAUUACAUGCGAUUUUCACCAAUUGAUAUUGUGAUUGAAAGUGUAAUUUGUGUAGUUUUGGUGUAGAUAUUGGUUGAAAAAUAAUGAUAAUUGUUGGAAGUGUUGGAUUUCUUUACAGUUAUAACCGUAAAAAUAUAAAAAAUGGCGGAAGCCCGCGACUUCGUCCGCGUGAAACUCGAUGUAAACAUUUAACUACCCCUACCCUCCCCUACUACCAGACCAAAUAUUAUCUACAUUAACUGUAGGUACUUAUAUCCAAAAAAUUUCAAGAUUUUUAAGUAAAAAAAAAUGGUUGUUGUGCCUCACUCGACAUAGAUAGGUUAUGGUACUAUCUUUUAUAGUUUAGGCAGCGUACGCAAACUAAGUAACUUUUCUGCUUGAUUUUUUACACUUUGUGUCCGAAAACCCCAAAUAUAUUACGGAACCCUAUUUGUUUCUAAAAUAAAAUUUAGCCUAUGUUACUUGUGGAUGUAGCUUUCGAAUGGUGAUAGAAUUGUUAAAAUCGGUCCAGUAGUUUUUGAGCCUAUUCAUUACAAACAAACAUACAAACAAAGUCUUCCUCUUUUUAUAAUAGUAUAAUGAGACAAAAUCUGAACUGCACACUACCUAUUCCAUACUUUAUAGUAGUAGGUUAAUAAAAUACAAAUACGGUUAAAAAUAUGAUGCUAGGAGAUGGCGACCGACUGCGUCCCUGUAGCGAUAAAGUGCGGUUUUCCCCACAUUAUCAUUAAAGUGACCGUUGUAGCAUGACUGUAACAGUAAAUAGGUAGAAUAUUUAAAAACAUCUUUGUCCUGCUUGCAAAUGUAGGAAUCUAUACUUUUUAAAUAAAGCUUUUUGAUCAACAUUUUGAAGAGAACUUAGAACAAAACUUUAACAUUUACCCUGUUUAAAUUUUUGACCGACUUCCAAAAAGGAGUACGUGUUUUUGGAUAUUCAUAUUACAUGUGGAUAAAAGGGGAUUGGAAUUUUGUACCUACAUGAGUGAAGGUAGUAUUUUCAAAAUUGGGAUUGUAGGACUUAUGUACUAAUCAUAAAAAAUAACGUUCCAGCUAAUUACUUAAUAAUGUUUGUUCACACUCAGUAGGUAUGCUAACACUAAAAAUGGAAAAAUAAAAAUUUCAAUUAAAAAUAAUCUACCGACUUCUAACACAAAAUAUAAACUAAACUAAAAAGCAAAAAAUAACAUCGUACCUAUACGUAACUAUGUGCUACCAUCUGAUCAGUUUGAAGGCGGUGCCAAUCCAGUGUCGUGCUUUAAUUAAAGCCGUUUCUGAUAGAACUACAGAAAUUUUGUAAUUUCAACGCUUGGCACCGCCUUCCAACUGAUUUAUGAUGGUACUGAUGGUAGCACAUAGGUACGAUGUAAUUUUUUGCUUUUUAGUUUAGGUUAUAUUUUGUGGUGGAAAUCAGUUGAAUUUUUUUUAUUAAAUUUUUUUUAAUUCUUAUUUUGAUUUAUUUACUGUCUAUCUCACACAAAUAAACUUUUGUACAAAUAACAUACAUACACAAAAUGUAUGUUAUUAAACGUAAACAAUGAAGUAUUAAAUAAAAUAUAAUUAAGUAGGUACUUAAUUACCUACUUACCAACGCAUUGCCUACCACGAGUAUCGGUGACUUUACAGAAAUAAAAACAAACACCGUUUAACCAUCAUAAAAACUUGGACUUGGACAUUAGGAUAUUUUAGAAUUUGAAUAUAAAGACACUACCAUAGUUUGUGUUAUUUGAAAUUCUAUAUUCACGAAUUAAGUAGAAUUCAAAAGUAGUUAGUUGCCUAAAUUAUGGAACAAAAAAUAACACACACAAAUGAGCGAAACGUAGAAUUACUUAACUGUUAUCACAUAGAAUUAAGAGUUAUCACUAUCAGUACAAAAGUGAACUUUGCCUGAAGAUGACGUUGUCGAAAAUUAUACUAAUAAAACUACUAAUUUUAUCCGUGACCACAUCGUGCAGUGCAAGUAUUGAAUUCAGUUCACAUGAAAGGAAUUUUGGCAUAUAUAUCAUGUACCAAAUAGUAAAUAGAGGAAACAACGGUAAUUUGAUUUUUGCACCACUGAGCAUAUGGAGUCUGAUGGCAGGCGUGUCUUUCGGUGCUACAGGAGAGUGCCGAAAUCAAAUUUCUUCAGGUCUGCUAAUUUUCAAUCAAGAUGGCACGUUUAUUGACGAUUACAAGAAUCUCAUUGAAUCUGUUCUAAACAAUGAAAAUAAAGUAACUCUUGAGAGUGUUAACUUCGCUUUUAUAGACGCUUCAUUCAGUAUUAAGCCAGAAUUCAGAAGUGUAUUAAUGUUAAAUUUUGAUGCGGUCAUAAAAAGCAUUGAUUUUCGUGAUACAAAUAAAGCAGCAGAUUUAGCAAACGAAGCCAUUAAAGACAGCGUUGCCACAUUCACCGAUGUUUUUCGCCCGGAAGAUUUUCAAGAAUCUUCGAUUAUUGUAAGCAAUGCAAUCCUUUUUAAGGGAAACUGGUCUACGCCAUUCAAAAAAUCUAAUACAAUUUUAAAAAUAUUUCGCGACGUAAAUGACAAACAAAUUGGACAAGUAAAUAUGAUGCACCAAAGGACUCAAGUUUAUUAUUCGCAAUUCGAUGAAAUGGGUGCAUCUAUUAUGGAACUUCCAUAUGCAGAUAAUGACAAAUAUUGUAUGUUAUUAAUCUUUCCAUACAUAGGAACAACAAUAGGCGAAGUGUAUAGAAAAUUUGGUAUAAUAACAUUCCAUGAUAUAUUUGACAAAUUACAAAAUGAUGUUGAUGUGUUGGGAUUCAAAGAUAUUAAUGUGGAACUGCCUAGGUUCAGAAUAAAAACAAGUCUUGUAUUCGAUGAAGUUAUGAAGGACGCUGGAAUCCGACACGCAUUUGAUCCAAAAUUAGCUGCUUUUGACAAAAUAGCAAAUGAAAGUAUAUAUAUUGGAACGUUGGAACACAAAGCCUACAUAGAAGUUACAGAGUUUGGGACACUGGCAUAUGCCACUACGCCAGGACAUGAAAACGAUGAUAUUUCCGACUCCCAAAUUGAAGCUCAAAGACCAUUUCUAUUCUACAUUCUAGAAAAACCAACUUUAACUAUUAUUUUUGGUGGAGCUUACACAAAACAUUUAUUAUGAUAAGGGAUGAUGUGUUAAAUUUUAUUGACGGUAGAGAUAAGGGACAAAUUUCAUAUUGUAGAUUUGUAAGAUUCUAGGGAUUUAAUUUUAUUUGAUACAUUGAGUUUAAUGUCAAAAUGUAAAAUAUAAUGGGAUGACAAGCGGUAUGAAAACUUAUGUGAUUUUUUCGCGAACGAAGACUUUAUUAUUAGAACAAAGAGUGUUUAGUUAGUACCCACUUAUAAAAUAUUAUAAUUAGCUAAUCAUUAUUUUGUAAGGAUGUGUUCGUAAGUAAGUCCAAUUCCAAUAUCUAACCCAUUAUCAAAAAACAAAACAACAUUCUGUUAUAAAUAGUUUAAUGAUAACUUGUUUAUUUUAUAGCCAAUAUUUUAGGGAAGACACUACAUUAAAAAUUUAUUGCGGUAAACAUGA